AGACACAUUUCUAUCGCCACAAAUGUGCCACUUCUGCCAACCCCAGCUGAGCAGUGUACUACUGUAACAAACAGGUUUCUUUUGCUUUUUGUGAUCCACUUUAUGGCGCAACGAGAAGCUGCUGAUGGGUUUGAGUUUGAUCCAGAGAAAUACGUGGAUGAUUGUCUGGAAAAGGGUCCUGCGGGAAUGCAUUUUUUGUUCAGAAAGGUCUCACCUUUGAUUUUUGAGCCUAUUAAAGGCUAUCCAAGUUUCCUCGUUGAUUGCUGCUUAUAUCGGUGUUUGGAAGAAAGUGAGCGAUCAUCGCAAUUUGCGCAAAGUGUCAUCUUAUGUUCCGCAACCAUUAAAAGAAUUAUGACAAUUGCCCAAGAUUUCUCUUUUCAUCUUUCUGCUGACUGUCAGCGUCGAGUGCUAGACUACGUCUUUCGAACGUGGGAUGUAAUAAUGGAGGUUGUUUGCUACGAAACUGUGGAUAUAUUCGAAAUGCUUCUUUCGAUUCACAGUCUAAAAUGCGCAAAAUGCAAGGCAAGAAUAGGAUGUGAAUGGACUAAUGGUAUAGCCACACAGCUUUUUCACGGAGUAUCCUCUUGCCGAAGUAGAUACAAAUGUUUGCUCUAUAUGCUGAAGUCGUAUUCCACAUAUGCCAACCUUAUUGAUACUGCAUUGAUUGAAGAUGUCUAUUCUCAUAUUGGAAACGCUACGCUGUCAGUUGCGAUCAGUGAUAUCAUCUCUUUUGAUCUUUCGGAGAAUCGCAGCCGAUGGGACCUCCAUAUUCAGCAGAUUAUAUCCUGCCUUUCUACUAAUGCGUAUGAAGUCAGAACUGCUAUCAAGGACCGUUUAUUACCCAAAUUGAUAAGGACUAAGCUGCUCAAGGAUGAAUUUCUUCCACUCGUACUAGAAAGAAUGAAAAAUGUGCCUUUGCAUGUGCACUGUCUUGAUUCAUUACUAUCUAUCACGCGUUUUCUUGUCAUCUCAAACAAAAAAUGCGACUCAUACAAAUACUGGAAUGAUUUUAUUUCAUUGAAAACUAUGGAAUCUGCCGUCCUUCAUUGCAGUGUGCAAGUACGCCUUGCAGCUUGGCUAUUGCUUACGGAGCAUCCGCAACGCACCAAAGUUUUGACAGAAGUUGAUUUGAGUCUCGUACGAGCGUUUAUUCUCACAAACAUGACCGAGCAGCUGCCAGCUAUCCGUCAGAAGAUUCUUGCUGGGUUGAGAAAGAUACUAACUCGCCUUGCUGAAACAAGCGAGCAAGUACUCAAAGGAAAGGAUGCUGACGAGGGCAGAGUUAAGCGUUAUAACGAAUUUAUCAGCUUCCUGGUGUCGUUAUCAUUUGAUUCUUUGUCGUGUGAAGCUAAUUUUGACAGACGAAUCAUGGCUUUGUCAAUAAUCCGCUGUUUAUUUCUUGAAGAAUCUCUGAAAGUACAUGGGAAAGUUCUAUUCCUUAAACAACUGAAUUUACCAGCUGCGUUGAAUUCGAAGAGAUAUACAGCAUUGGUUGCUUGCCUUGAUGAUUCGUUCCAGCUCUGUCAAAUUAUGGCGCUUGAUAUUCUCAAAAACAUGGAACCGAAAAACUUCGAUUUUGAUACUUUCAAAAAUGAGACCAUGGAAAUGAUGCGAUCAGUGCGAUCUCACAAUACUUUAGCCGCUGGUUAUAGAACGCAGUUUUACACUUAUCAUCAUCCUGAAUCUUUGCGAUUUCUUCUAUCAGAGUUUGUCUCCAUUUGCGAGGAAGAUGUGAAAACAGCCAGGGAGAAUCUGAUAGAGAUAACGAAGAAAGCAUUGCAUCCAUGGCUGAACACCAUCAUGCUGCUAUUAGAAAGCGUCACUUUCGAGCAAAUGAAACCUGGCGACUUAGAGUGGUGGACGAAAUUUGCACAAAUGAGACUGAUUCCUCUUUGUUUUGUAGUUGCUGAUGUAGUGAUGCCUGCUGUCCACUCCAUGUCACCAGAGGGUUACAUACCUGAUGAAGCUUUGGUUGAAAUGACAUCCAUCUGUCCGCUCGACAGUAAAGUUCAAAUUGCUGCUGAGAUGUCGCAAGUGCUGUUGGUAUGCUGUUGGCGUGCUCACAAAUACGUCUCCACGAUCUUGGCCUGGACUGUUGUGAAGCUUUGUCCCUUUUCAAUCUUGAGUCCAGAAGUUGUUCACCGCAUCGGUGAUUACUAUUGGCUACAGUUGACAGAAUGCAAGCAUUGUGGAGCAUUUGAAACCGCCGUUGAUGGAUUUUCUUCUCUUUGCGCUUACCUUUGGAAGAGCAAUGAUCCUGCGCUGCCAAAGCCCUCUAUGUGGCUUGAAGAGAUUCUUGCUGCUUUGCAAGGAGGAAAAGAUUUGCACAAUCUCUGUUCAACGAGACGCAGCGCGGGAGUACCGCAUCUCAUCACGGCCAUCUUGGCUACUGAGCCGCCAAACAACUCGGAUCACUGGAUGAAUGUGGCGAUGAGGUCGCUUCUAGAAAUGAAAGACAAGGAAUUAAUCUACAGAAUUCACUCGAUGAAUGUUUUGAAAGCUAUGUUUUCUUCUGCUACUCUCGGUGAAAGAGUUAUUCCAGCAUUAGAGUGGGCUUGUCGUGUAGCAAUCAGCGGUUGCUCAUCGUCUUCUUGGCCGGAGAGGAACGCAGCGGCUCAGUUGACAGCCGCUCUUCGCUCAAGGAUUUUUGGAGUGACACAUACGAGUCAGAGAGACCUUCAAGUGGACCAGAAAAAUCGCCAAAGUUCUUACGAGUUCUUUUCCAGGUUCCCCUCGCUGUAUCUUUAUCUAUAUAAGCAACUCCAAGACUGCAGAGAUGAAUUCAGUCUUUACCCAAUACUCAUCUUCUUAACUCAUUUAUUCCCCUCGCAUGCUGAUGAGAUUGCGCCUACGAAGACAAAUGCUGCGUAUGGAAAUAUGUGCAAUUACCCAUUAGCUCCAUUCAUUCCUGCUUUGAUUCGAGUUCUGUUAUGGUGUCGAGCCGAAAAGCUCAGAAAACUUUCUGCGGCUGCUCUCGUUGCCAUAGCUCGACCGAAGGAUAUCUCUUUUGUUCUUGAUUGGGUUGAGAAGACCGAUUUGAAAAAUGUGAUUCAUAACCACAUCCACUCGGUUUUAUUGCUGCUAUCUUACAUGCUAGAAAUGGAUGUCAGACACGAAAUUAGGGAUCGCAUCAAGAUUUAUCUCGAAGCUGUGAUAGACAAUGGAUUUUGGCUAAAAUGGUGCGACUAUAACAAAAAUAUACUUCUGGUUCUUUGUAAUGAUCUCGGUUUGGAUUUUGCAACAUCAUUGAACGUCAGCGGAAUGACACUAACUAGGCGCCCACUCGCGUAUGCCAUGGUGUCCGGUAAUUUGAAUGACACUCAGAUGCUUAGUGAUUUUGAGUUGAGGUUGGAAGUAUACAGGCAAUUGCAGCUCAGAGGCGACGCGGGCGAGAGAUUUGAAGCCGUUCAAGCUUUAGCAGUUGAAGAUUUGCAGCAUUGCCCUAGCGAACGCGAAGCAAGAUGUAUCUUGGAUGUGCUCUAUCUCUAUCGCGAAAUUAUGACUGACAAAGUUCGAAAGAAGGCGGUGUCUGUCAUUUCUCAUUCGUUGGCUAGUGAAUGGAGGAUGUUGGACACAAUAUCUCUUGCUCGUCGUCUGCUAUCUUACUUAUGCGAUGAAGAAAACUUUCCCGAGCAGCUGGCAUGGAUGAAAUCAUGCUUGAACGUGGAGGAAGAAAUGUCGAAGAGGGUGGCUCUGCAAGUUGGAGGUUGUCUGUUACGAAAAGGUAAAAAUGAUGAUUUGAUAGCAGUGCUGGCAGCCUUUCUGCAGGAUGAAGACCAGAGCAUUCGCGAAAAGGCUUCCUCUCUACUUUCAAAAAAUGUUCUAAAUUCUGAGAUGGCACUGAAUCCUGAUGUUUGCUAUCGGUUAAUUGCAGAAAAGUCGCCUACAGCUAAAGAAAUAUUGCAAGAAUCUGAACAAGUUGCACAAAACUGCACCCCUAAUGGACAAACGCUCUAUGAUCCAUGUGCCUCGAACACCUUCGCUGAGGGAUGCUUUUUUGGUGAUUUUGCAGAAGUUAGGAAAAUGGUAGAAGACUUGCUGGAUACUCAAGACUGA